GAUUGCAUCAGAGAACAGGAAGCACAUCGUGGCCACAGGAAUACCUGUGAACGUCCUUCUCCUUCUGAGCCUGAUGAAAGCAUUAUACAUUUAUUAGGCCACAAUCAAAAACGUCUAAUUUUGGUUCAUUGUCAUAAUGACAGGACUAAAGUUACUGUUAGCCAAAUUAAGCAUUUUGAAAUUGAAAUUUCUAAUUAUCUAGUUGAUACUUUGAGAAUUUAUGUAAUAGAUGAUGACACUUUUUCGAAACGCUCUUUAACUGUC